GAAGAUCAUUCGGAUAACCCCGCAACUCACCACCACACGCUGGCUCUCCAACCAUCACCACCACGUGCCCCUCCCUCCUCCUCCCAUCGUCACCACCGUCUUCUCCAUCGUCUAAACUCCAAAACCCUCCUCCAACAACACAUGCAUUAACUCCAGAGCCAAAGAACAGAGCGGAAAACCCUCCCGCCGGACACCGCCGUCGCCAUGGGCUGCGCCUCCUCCAAGCGGAUCGACGCCAAGGUCGACGUCUACCGCCCUCCUCCCUCCAGCUUCGCCGUCUUCGACAUCAACUCCAUCGACGAGCCAUGGCACCUCGUCGACGAGAAGGACGGCGCUCCUGCUCCGGACCACCACGCCCCUGACGGCAAGCCCUCGCACGUUCCCGACCCGAUUCUCCAGAAGCUCCACACGCUCGAGUCGAACGAGACCCCCCACUCCUGGGUCGAGGUCAGUAAGGCCCUCGAGGACCUCAAGACCGCCGCCGCCGCCGCGCCACCAUUGCCCCCGCCGAAGCCGUCGCCGCCUUCGGCGAAAGGCGGCGGGGGAGAGGCUGCGCAGAGGGCCGCACCGCCGCGGAAGAGCAUCUCGUUCCACACGCUCGAGGAGCUCGACGCGAAGCUGUCCGCGAAGCCUGCGGAGCCGCAGCCGCCGCUGCGCAAGACCGAGUCGAUGCGGAGGGAGCCGAGGAAGAAGACUGAGCCGCCGGUCGCGGCAGAGCCGAGGGUGGCGGAGACGGCGGCGGGAUUCAAGUCAGUGAAGAACAACAUCUUCGUCGUGAGGGACAGGAUGGAGCGAGAGAAGGAGGGCAAGAUGGCCGCAUACGAGCGCAUACUGGGCAAGCGGGACCCGCUGAGCGAGUUCCCGGAGAAGUGCCCGCCGCGCGGCGAAGACUCGCUGGUCAUCUACACGACGUCCCUGCGCGGCGUCCGCCGCACCUACGAGGACUGCGCGCGCGCGAGGUCGAUACUGGAGGUCCAUCGCGCGGUGUUCGACGAGCGCGACGUGGCGCUGCACGGCGAGUUCCUCAGCGAGCUGCGGCAGAUCUUCGGGGGCGAGGAGGGUGGCACGCCGGCGCCGGCGCCGAUGCCGGUGCCGGUGCCGAGAGUGUUCCUCAAGGGCCGGUACCUGGGCGGCGUGGAGGAGCUGGUGGCGCUGAACGAGUCGGGCCGGUUCGGGAAGCUGCUGGCCUUCGCAGGGGUGGAGCGGGGGGCCGGGAGGCUGGCGUGCGAGGGGUGCGGCGGGGGCCGGUUCGUGCCGUGCUUGGAUUGCGGGGGGAGUUGCAAGGUGGUGGUGGAGGGCAGGAAGGAGAGGUGCGGCAGCUGCAACGAGAACGGGCUCGUGCACUGUCCCGUCUGUCUCUAGGGAUACGCCCGACCAAAGCCAUCGUUCCGAACACAUCUCAUCAAGUGAUAAUACUCCAACAUCCGAUGAUCUCUUCAAGAAAUUAGAGGUCACAAUGCCAAAAUUCAUCCUAUCAAAGUGAUACCAAUUUUCCUCGAUCUUUGUACAUAGUGGGCAUAAUGCUUUUCCUUGUUCAGUUUGUUUUGUUUAUCGGAAAGAAACGAUCGUAUCUAAUUGAAGGUUUCAUUUUCUCCGUUCGAUUUUGGGUU